UAUCUUCGCGUCCGACCUCCUCCCAGCCUGUGCCAUCCCACAGGUGUCCGCACGUCCGGCCAUCCAUCCAUCCGUUCCUCCUGGGGCCGGCGCUGACCAUGCCCAGCAGCUGCCGCUGCCUACAUCUCUUGUGCCUUUUGUGCAUUCUGGGGGCAUCCGUUCAGCCUGCCCGAGCUGAUGACUGCAGCUCCCACUGUGACCUGGCCCAUGGCUGCUGUGCACCUGAUGGCUCCUGCAGGUGUGACCCAGGCUGGGAGGGGCUGCACUGUGAGCGCUGUGUGAGGAUGCCCGGCUGCCAGCACGGUUCCUGCCACCAGCCCUGGCAGUGCAUCUGUCACAGUGGCUGGGCUGGCAAGUUCUGUGACAAAGAUGAGUACAUCUGUACCACACAGUCCCCCUGCCAGAACGGAGGCCAGUGCGUGUAUGACGGGGGUGGCAAGUACCACUGUGUGUGCCUACCAGGCUUCCAUGGGCGGGACUGCGAGCGCAAGAGGGGACCCUGUGAGCAGGCAGGCUCCCCAUGCCGGAAUGGUGGGCUGUGCCAGGAUGACCAGGGCUUUGCCCUCAACUUCACAUGCCGCUGCUUGGCGGGCUUUGUGGGAGCCCGCUGUGAGGUGAAUGUAGACGACUGUCUGAUGCGGCCUUGUGCUAACGGUGCCACAUGCCUGGACGGCAUAAAUCGCUUCUCCUGCCUCUGCCCUGAGGGCUUUGCUGGACGCUUCUGCACCAUCAACCUGGAUGACUGUGCCAGCCGCCCAUGCCAGAGAGGGGCCCGCUGUCGGGACCGUGUCCAUGACUUCGACUGUCUCUGCCCCAGUGGCUAUGGCGGCAAGACUUGUGAGCUAGUCUUACCUGUCCCAGAACCCACCACCACAGCAGACAUCCCCCUGGGGCUCACGUCAGCUGUGGUGGUACCAGCCACAGGGCCUGUCCCCCACAGUGCGGGGGCUGGUCUGCUGCGCAUCUCAGUGAAGGAGGUGGUGCGGAGGCAAGAGGCCGGGCUAGGUGAGUCUAGCUUGGUGGCUAUGGUGGUUUUUGGGGCCAUCACUGCCGCCCUGGUCCUGUCCACGGUAUUGUUGACCCUGCGGGCCUGGCGCCGUGGUAUCUGUCCCCCUGGACCCUGUUGCUACCCUGCACCACACUAUGUCCCAGCACGCCAGGACCAGGAGUGUCAGGUUAGCAUGCUGCCUGCAGGGCUCACCUUACCACCUGACCUGCCCCCUGAGCCUGGAAAGACCACAGCACUGUGAUGGAAGUGGGGGCUUUCCUGCCCCCUC